AUGCUGUUUACUCUAGGACUUCUCCUCCUUCUUGCCCCGUUCCCCUCCUUUCAAACCCCAACCAGUGAGGGGAGACACUUGACUGGAAGUGAUGCUACUAAACCCAAUCCAGUUUUCACCCUGUCGAAACCAAAAACCACUGCGGCUCUCAUUAGACAGACCAUGCGAGCAACCCUAAAGCCAAACACAGUCAGUCCGGCUGUUUCACCCACUCUGGCCACAAAAAGCAAGCCCAGCCCAGCAGUAAUUCAAACCACUCCAUCGGCGGCAGUAAAGCCUGCCACAGUCAGUGAGACCAGCACAGACAGACACACAGUAUCUGUCAAUCAAACAGCUGCAGCCAAGGCCACCAAAGAAAAACCUGCUUCAGCCGGCAGUGCUAAAACCACCAAAGUCCCACCUGCCCUGACUGGAGUACAAAAUGUUCAGUCAACAUCCCCAAAAUCUGCUUCAACCCGGGGAGGUACGACCACCAGAAACAAGCCUACAGCCUCCAUCAAUCAGUCUGGUGUAACUAAAUCUCCAUCUAGUGAUGCCAAGAACCCAAAAGACAAGCCUGAUAAGGCAAUGUCCUCUGCCAACCAGACUGCUGUAGUCAAAGCUCCCGCUGCCACUACCACCAAAGAAAAGCCAGCCUCUUCACAACCUCUCAAGGUGGUCAUCAGUGACGGCUGUGAAUCAAGCAAUGCAAAGGAGCAGGAGCUGAAGCUGAAGCCUGGAGCUCCUCUGGUGAUGACACAUAAGAUCAGCUUGUUGCCUGGUGGCUGCACUGGGGGAUGUGAAGCUGAGAUGUCCGCACUGAAAGGACGUGUGGCAAAACUGGAAAUGGAGAUGGCCUCCCUUAAAGAAAAAUGUCCAUGCUCUGCAAACUGUCCACGUGACUGUAGUGGCAAUGGGGAGUGUCAGAGGGGAAAAUGUGUUUGCCAACAAGGAUUCAUGGGUCCAGACUGCAAGGGCACCAAAGGAAAGGUCAAGGUAGCAGUGGAAACAGUGACUUUGCAGGUGAGCAAGGGAAAUAUGCAAGAGAAAACCACCAAAGCUGAGCAGACAGUAUUCCAAAAGAAGGACCAGAAGAAGGGGUCUGACGCCAAGGACACCAACACUAAAACUAAAGUGGCUACUAGUGCUAAAGUAAAACAAGAAUCUUCCGCUAAGAAAAUAACUAUUAAAGACUCUUCCAGAACCAGUCGUCCAACGGUUGGUCAAGUUCUGCUGAAACAUGAUGGAAGAAAGCAAGAGGAGGCCCGCAAAGGAAAGACAGCAGUCCUAACCACUAAAAAAGUCCUUCAAAAAACUGAUGUCAAGCUUGUUAAAGAGGGUACUCCAAGUAAAACUCAUCCUAAAUCUGACCAACUAAAAGACCAGCCUCAUGCCAAUGUAACCCAGGGUAUUGUGAAGAAAUCUAAUAGCACAGCUAAAACUGUCAGCAUUCUCACACAGAAGGAGACCUUGGAGCAGUCCACUCUCGCUGAGAAAAAUACAACUCAAUCAUCUGGGCAAAAACGCAUUAAGGUCAAAGCAGAAACUACAAAUGUGCAAGCUGUUGACAACAGAAACACCGAAACCAGCAAGACUGGAAAGGACAAAGGUGCACAGAGGAGUCAGUACUUAGUAAAUUCAACCUUUGUAACAACAGCAACAAGUGAGGGUCAAGUUCUUCAAGACAAAACCACCACCCAUGGCUCUUCUAGCACAAGAAGACUUGGAGGGUCUGGAUUAGGCUCUGUAAAGGUUGUAAACAUCUCUUCCUAUAGCUUUACUGUCACAUGGUCUGCGCCACAAGGGAUGUUCAAGAACUUUACUGUGAUCAGAAGGGAGCCACUGGCAGAAGGUGAAGAAGAAGACCAUGAGGAGUUUGAAGAAGAAGCUCUUGAAGGAGAAAAGGUCCUCACAUUUAAAAACACAACUGAAGUUCUGGUGCAGAGUGAGAGCACCAACACAACUGCUGCCUCAGGCAAAGUUUCAGGAUCUAGAGGCAAAUCUGAGACCAAGAGGAUUUCUAUGGUGGUUCCUGGCAAUGUACGCUCAGUGGAGUUCAGUAACCUGAGGGCAAACACAGGCUAUGCCCUACAGGUGUAUGGCACAACAGCAGAGAGAAGAUCGAGGAUUCACAAAGUAACUGCUGUCACAGGUCCUGAGCCAGCAACAGAAUUGGUUUUCAGCAAUGUUACAGAGUCUUCUCUCACCAUUUCCUGGUCCAAACCAAAGACCAUGUUCUCAGGCUUUAGGGUCAUAUACACCAACAUUGUCACAGGGGAGAGCCACUAUGUGACUGUGGACUCUCAGCAAUCUCAUGUCACCUUGUCCAAGUUGUCAGCUGGAUCUUCCUACAUCAUCACUGUAACGACCACACAUGGAAGAGUACAGAGUGAUGGCCUCACAUCUGUUAUGACCACAGUGCCUGCCCCUCCAACACACUUGCAAGUCGUCAACGUGACAGAUACCAGAGCUCUGCUACAAUGGACGCCUAGUCUGGGGAAAGUUGACCGCUUCAUCGUCAGUUACGAGUCCUCGAAAACUCCUAACGUGACUGUGACAGUGAUGCUGUCUGGAAGCGCAGUAGAGCACCAGCUGAGAGGCCUCCAGAGAGGCACCCUGUACACAGUCAAAGUCCUGAGCCAGAAAGACAGUCUCCAGAGCAUGGCCAUCUCGACUACAUUCACAACUGCUAAUGUGGUUAAAGCCAGUGAGGUGGGUGCUCGCUCUGCAGUGAUAGCAUGGAGGACAACCACUGUUGUUUACCACAGCUACAGACUGAUCUACCAAGUGGCAGGGGAGGAGACAAAGGAGUUGAUCCUGGACUCAUCCGUCACAGAGUAUAAACUGUCAGAGCUGCUGCCAAUGUCACGUUAUUUUGUUCUGGUACAAGGCGAGAGAGAUGGAGUUUACACAUCUGUUGUCACCACAGAAUUUGUUACAGGAAAACUACGCUUCCCCUUCCCCACUGAGUGCUCUCAGGAGCUGCUGAAUGGCGCUCUGCAGUCUGGGGAGGUGGAUAUCUACCCUCAAGGAAAAGAGGGACAGGCAGUCAGAGUUUACUGUGACAUGGAGACUGACGGAGGCGGCUGGACAGUGUUCCAGAGAAGAGUAAAUGGAAAGACAGAUUUCUACAAAACCUGGAAUGAAUACAGCGCAGGUUUUGGAAACCUCAGUGAAGAGUUCUGGCUUGGAAACGAGCUUCUCCACAACCUGACCAGUGUGGGCCCUGUGAGUCUGAGAGUGGACAUGCGAUCUGGAAAUGAUACGGCUUAUGCUCACUACGCCAAUUUCUCCAUCACCUCAGCUGAAAGGCAUUAUACUCUUGAGUUGUCAGGCUAUACUGGAACUGCAGGGGAUUCUAUGAGGUACCAUAAUGGCCGUCCAUUCUCGACAAAGGACAAGGAUCCUGAUCCUCUGGGUAUCCACUGUGCCAGGGCCUACAUGGGAGGCUGGUGGUACAAAAACUGCUACAAGACCAACCUGAAUGGUCUUUAUGGUGUCAACAGUAAUAACCAGGGAAUAGUCUGGAUAGACUGGAAAGGCAAAGACUCAUCCAUUCCCUUCACUGAGAUGAAGUUUAGACCGUCCAGGUUCUCCCCUGCAACUCAUGGAUAAGAAAACAUCAGUCCCAGUUGUUGGGUUCUCUGUCCUGAAAACCUUACAUGUGACAGCUCAAGAAAUCCAGAGGGUAGUGGAUCUCUCAGUUGCUGUGUAAUGUUGCAACUAAAAUAGAUUGUACAGUGGUUUUGACAAGUGUAUUUGCAGCUAUUGGUACAUCUUAGUCAAUGUGCAGGAUACUUUUCUGAUUCUUUUUUUCUGGAAAUAAAACAAAAAAGUGAAGUAUUUCAUACAUUUUUGUAUACUUUUCUACUGUUUUGCCUGACCUGUCUAUUAUAACACAGAUAACUUUGGCUUUAAACACCUUCUUGUGCACCACAUUGGUAAGCCAAUCCACUACUACUGUAAUUAAAUAUGCACUGUCUCACUCCAUUGGAAUAAAAGUGACU